AUGGAGCUAAUGAUUUACGCAUCGGAUCUCAACAUUGGCCUACAAGGAGUUCGGGAGCUUCGGCGAUGGGCAAUGUCGAAGCAAAACAACGAUGGUCUCGGCUGGGUAUGGCCUGAAGAUUACCCUGGGACGGAAAGUCAUGUUAAGCUUAAUGAACUGAGGGUAGGUAAACACCGAGCGGCUGAGAACAAUGGUUCACUUGGUCCCAACCCUCUCGAUAGUCUCGAUCGUCCAGGUUUCAAGAACCCUCGUGGCUAUGACAACUUUGGCAGUGAAGGCGGAUCCGGGGCACUGGAGAAGAUGUCAACUAUUAGCGCCAGCGUAAUAGUGGAUGACAAGGAGGAUGAAGCAGACGCGUUUAUCCGUGAAGCUCUUGAGGGUUCAUUUGCGGACGAUGCUGAGAUUAACCACAUCGCUAAAAAGCUUCGUAUUUGA